AUGUCAGGGGUCAGCCGGGGCACCCGCUGCGACGACCCGCUCGCGUGUCACGAGGAAGACUACGCCAGCGAGCUCUACUUUGACGCCGUGGCGGGGCACGCCUCGCCAAUGAGCCACUCCCCCGAACGGCACUGCAACGGCGCGACGGGCCCGAAUGCGGGUGGAGGCUUAAAGUUCCCCGCGGGGGGCAGCGGCGGAGGAGCGGGCGUCGGCGCCGUCACCCAAUUCACUGCGAAUCACGGCCUGCAGCAGCGGCAGGGUGCGAGGCGUCAGUCCCCACUUUUCUCUUCUCCCAACUUGUGCGAUGCGUGGUGUGAGGGGCAGUCUCUCAACGGGGUGUACCCCACCUUUUCAAGCCCUCCUUCCAGCGAGAGCAACGCCUCCUCCCCCUCCGCCUGCCCGGGCGAUGACGCCGAUGAGUUUGACCAACUCAUGGGCCUCCUUUCAGGCGCUGUGUCGAGCCCAGUAAGGAACGGCCCCGCGCCUGUCACCGUGGGUGCGCAGUCCAGCACGAGGCCUGGGGGUUGCUUUGCAGGCAAGGCGACUAGUCCCGCAAAGACUGGCGGUACCGACUUCAAGGGUGCCGGGCAACGGAGCGAGGCCGGCACCGCAGGCACUCGGAACAACCAGCCUCCUCUUCUCUCGCGCUAUAGGUUUCCGGAGAAGGAGCAAAGUGGGGUGGCGAAACAGGACACCGUAAAUACGUCAGAGGUGUCUGACAGGCGACAGUCGUCGCCGAAAGCCAUUUCAUUGGCCCAAGUGAAGAACCCCAAGAGCGAUAGUGGCCGCAAAGGUGACGGGGCUUCUAAGAGCGCGUAUGUGAGGUUUCUCGGCGAAUAUUAG